AGUGGGCAGCCUCGGGGUCCCUCCGGAGGCGGCGCGCGAGGCCCGAGGCUGGCACGGAGAUCGGUGCCUGACGGGCCGAGGGGCGUGAGCAGGCCCGCGCCCAGAGAGGGAAUUUUGCACCCCGGAGAAGAGCAAGCCGGCCACCCGAAGCCGGGAGCCGGCUUUCAGGUAGGAUGGCGGGGCCGGAGCUGCUGCUCGACUCCAACAUCCGCCUCUGGGUGGUCCUGCCCAUCGUUAUCAUCACUUUCUUCGUGGGCAUGAUCCGCCACUACGUGUCCAUCCUGCUGCAGAGCGACAAGAAGCUCACCCAGGAACAAGUGUCCGACAGUCAAGUCCUAAUUCGGAGCCGAGUCCUCAGGGAAAAUGGAAAAUACAUUCCCAAACAGUCUUUCUUGACUCGAAAAUAUUACUUCAACAACCCAGAGGAUGGAUUUUUCAAGAAAACAAAGAGGAAAGUGGUACCCCCUUCUCCUAUGACUGAUCCCACCAUGCUCACUGACAUGAUGAAGGGCAACGUGACCAACGUCCUCCCCAUGAUUCUCAUCGGUGGUUGGAUCAACAUGACGUUUUCAGGCUUUGUCACAACCAAGGUCCCGUUCCCGCUGACCCUCCGUUUUAAGCCUAUGCUACAGCAAGGAAUCGAACUGCUCACUUUGGAUGCAUCCUGGGUGAGUUCUGCAUCCUGGUACUUCCUCAACGUAUUUGGGCUUCGGAGCAUUUAUUCUCUGAUUCUGGGCCAAGACAACGCCGCUGACCAGUCACGGAUGAUGCAAGAGCAGAUGACUGGAGCAGCCAUGGCCAUGCCUGCAGACACCAACAAAGCCUUUAAGACAGAGUGGGAAGCCUUGGAGCUGACCGAUCACCAGUGGGCGCUGGAGGACGUGGAAGAAGAGCUCAUGGCCAGAGACCUCCACUUCGAAGGCAUGUUCAAGAGGGAGCUGCAGACCGCCAUAUUUUGAAGGCGGAGCGGGGAUUUGUGUGUCAGGAGCUUGUAGUAGUGCUUAGCGUGUAACGGGGUCGGAGCUGGAGCCUCGGAAUAAAGAGGAUGGCGGGC